GGUGGCGUCAUCAGAGCGCGACUCUUCUCAGUGCUGUUUGUUGCUACGCAGUUCAUACGCUGUGCGGAUUUAAUGGAAAUUUCCACUACUUGUAACGCAUCAAAAACACUUAUUCAGAUUAAUUUAAUCUUAUAUAUCGCUCUCUAAAAGGGAUCCGGACAAUCCGAGGGGGAAAGAGAACCAGAUUCGUAGCUGCGUUCGUACCACCACACUUUGAGUGUGUAACUCUGCUCUUCAGCAGUGACUCAGUACAGAGGGGUAAAUAUCGUCAGAAACAAUCAUUAAACUGUCCGUGAUGGAGUAUCACAGCGUGGGGCCCGGAGGUGUGAUGGUCUCGGGCAACAAUGUACCUGCGUUUCUGACCAAACUCUGGACGCUGGUGGAGGAUCCGGACACAGACCCGUUGAUCUGCUGGAGUCCUAAUGGCAACAGCUUCCAUGUGAUUGACCAGGGCAGGUUUUCCAAAGAGGUCCUCCCGAAAUAUUUUAAGCACAAUAACAUGGCCAGCUUUGUUCGCCAGCUUAAUAUGUAUGGCUUCCGGAAAGUUGUCCACAUCGAGCAGGGUGGGCUGGUAAAACCAGAGAAAGACGACACAGAAUUCCAGCAUCCAUAUUUCAUCCGCGGACAGGAGAAUCUGCUGGAGAAUAUCAAGAGGAAAGUCACAACGGUGUCAAAUAUUAAACAGGAGGACUUCAAGUUGAGCACUGAAGAAAUGUCUAAAAUGAUCACAGAUGUCCAAUUCAUGAAGGGCAAGCAGGAGUCGAUGGACUCCAAAAUCAGCACCCUCAAACAUGAGAAUGAGGCUCUCUGGAGGGAAGUUGCCACUUUGAGACAGAAACAUGCUCAACAGCAGAAAGUCGUCAAUAAGCUUAUUCAGUUCUUGAUCACACUGGCACGAUCCAACAGAGUCCUGGGAGUGAAACGAAAGAUGCCUCUGAUGUUAAAUGAUGGCAGCUCCACACACUCCGUACCCAAAUACUCUCGGCAGUACUCGCUCGAAUCGUCUCCCGCUCUCUCUCCCUCCUCUACAGCUUUCACAGGAACGGGUGUCUUCACUUCUGAAUCGCCUGUCAAGACGGGGCCAAUCAUCUCUGAUAUCACUGAACUGGCGCAGUCCAACCUUAUGGCCACAGAGGAGUGGAUUGAAGACAGAACAAGCCCAUUGGUCCACGUCAAGGAGGAGCCCUCUAGCCCCGUCCACAGUCCUGAGAUGGAGGAGGUGUGUCCUGUUGAAGUGGAAGUGGGAUCAGGUGUACCUGUGGACACGCCCCUUUCCCCUAUAACCUUCAUCAACUCCAUCCUCCAAGAGAGCGAGCCCGUCACCGCCCCGACCCCGCUUCCCCCCGACCAGAAGUGUCUGAGCUUGGCCUGCUUGGACAAUUAUCCUCAGAUGUCUGAGAUCUCUCGCCUUUUCUCCAGCUUCUCCACCUCGUCUCUACACCUCAGGCCUCAUUCCGGGGCAGAACUAAGUGAUCAUCUAGAGACCAUUGACUCUGGAUUAGACAACCUUCAGCAGAUCCUCAAUGCUCAGUCCAUUAACUUCGACACCUCGCCUUUCUUUGAUAUUUUCACAUCGUCUUCUGUUGAUGUGGAUCUGGACAGCCUAGCUAGUAUCCAGGACCUUCUGUCACCUGAACCUGUGAAAGAAACUGAAUCUGGUGCAGACUCUGACGAUUCAGGCAAGCAGCUGGUUCAGUACACGUCUCAGCCCGUGAUUCUUCCCGACACUGUCAGCACUGAAACCAGUGCCACCGACCUGCCCAUCCUUCUGGAACUGGAAGGCAACUCGUAUUUCGGGUCAGAACCAGCUGAAGACCCGACCAUCUCCCUUCUUAACUUCCAGUCUCCUGUCCCUGAAGACCCCAAACUAUCAUAGAGAGCAGCUUUUCUAAAGGGAUUUAUAUCUGUGUGGGUUUCUAAAAAUUUUAUUCUCUGCAUUUUAUUUUAUUUUUGGUCAUUUAACACAUCAGGACUAGCCAUUAGAUUAUUACGCUGGUAUUUCCCUUCACAAUGAGUCUGGGAAAAAUCUCUAAAAACAGUAGAGAGAAUUCAGUAUUCCUUCAAAACUCUACAUCAUGGAGUUGAAACAUCAAAAUUAGCUUUUACUUGUUGGCGCAGUAGUUUCCUUGUUAUUUAGGCAGUGAGAAAACCUCAAACUAAAUGUGUGAUGCUAAGGAUGUAAAUCUAAAUUUAUCGGCCACCCUUUGAGUGCUUACCAUUUAUUUAUUUUGAUUGGAUUUGCACCAAUACUUUGAGAUCUAUGCUAAGCGAUUGUCUUGCAGUCUGUCACCACUGCAAAACCUCAUGCAUUUUCCUGCUCUUUUGGUUGUCAUUAUUUAUCUGAUUGUUGCGAUUACCCCCAGACUGUUGUAUUCAUCUUUUUUUUUUUUUUUGCAGUAUAUAUUGGAACAACGGUUAAAUAUCUCAUUGAUAUUGAAGUUAAAGCAAAAAAAAAUAAAAUAAAAAUAAAUAAAACAUAAUGUGCACCUUUUAUAGCCAGAAAAUGCAGAUGGUUUAAUCUGACAAACAUGAAACAAGCAUAAAAAAUCAAUGUUGUGUAAACUUGUCCAGCGUCCCACUAACUGUCUUCAAAGCCAUAGCUGUUACUCAUCAUAUAAUGUCUGAUUUUCGGUUAGUGAUGAUGGGUAUGGGUAUGGAUUAAAGGUGCAUAUUUAGAGAUUUUAUUGAAAUCUUUUGUACAAAUAUUAAUCAUCUUUUGCUGUUGAAAGUUCUAAUAAGCAGGACAGCCAUUAAGGCUGUAUAUAGGAUUUAUGUUUGAAUAUAUAAAUAAUUAAGAGUCUGUGCAUUUGUUUUGAUGAAACAAAUUCAUUUCAGACUUUGAAAACAAAUUCAACAGGGAUGAAUUACACAAUAAGUGUAUUAUAUGGCAGGACAUUUUAUGCAUUGAUAACAGGUGUAUUGGAUGAUCUGAUAUAAAGAAUUUGUGCAAUAAUUCAGCUUUUAACUAACUUUGACAGCAACACACUGCUUUCUUUUUUCUCUUUGUUUUUGUUUGUUUAGCAAAAGGAACUAGAAAAUAUAAUAGGCGAAUCUUAUUAAGACCAUGUCUGGGCAUAUUUAACCUCAAAAUCUAGAAGAAAAAAAAAAACAUUUUAAAGAAAAUAAAGCCAAAUUUUUGGGCAAUUGUGGAUGAUUCCCUCCCCCCACCCCCAGGGUCCUAAAAAUAGGCUUCAUAAUAUAUAAUUUAAAAUAUAUUUUUUCUCAUGAUUUGGUUAAAAUGCAACCUGGACCUUUUUGUGAGAUUCACGUGUAAAUUGGAUACCAUAAGAAGAAUUGAAAUGGUAUUUUUUUUUUUUUUUUGGUGCAGUUUGUUCACAUGCUAUGCCCUAUAGACUUCUAUUGUUAAAUGCUUGUUUAUUUUUGGAUGGUCAGCGGAGUAGAGGAACUAGAGGAGGAAUGUCACUGGUUGAUGGUUCUGGUCAUUUUCAGUCACAUUUUAGUCAUUGAAUGACUUUCAUAGCCAGAGAGACAUUAAUAUUAGGCAUAAAUUAUUUUAUUACGCAUGUGAACAACACUUUGUGUAUUGAUAUGUUUCAAAUAAAAUGUUUUUGAAAGUA